AUGGGCGCAACCGGCGAUUGGCUAAGUAGAAAGCUUGAUAAUGCCGAAGAAACACUCCGGCUGGCUUCCGACGCGCUCCAAAUCCUCUACUCUACACUUAAUCCUGCAACUCCCGGUGUUGCAUAUACCAGUUCGUUUCUUGAAGAGCAAUGGUCACUUGAGAAAAUCUUCCACGCAAACUUCAACCAGAGAAGGGAGGACCAACGAAAGAAACUAGGUGAAUUGCUGUGUCUACAGGAUGACCUCGAUGAAGCUUGGGGGCGCACCACGCACACCAUUGCCCAGGCCAUUGCAAGGUCCAAUAGCUGUGGUAACAUAGCCGAUCAGAUUGCCAGACAUCGGCUCGCAAUUGGGGCUGAUCAGAUAAUAGGUGACCUAACCAGAGAUCAAAGUGACUUGCUUUGGAAGGUUUGGCACUCGAAAACGGAGUUGCGACAGCGUUUCUUGGGGCUAGUCGAGGAGAAACAACCAUUAUUCCGAGUUUGUCGGAAUGGUGAAAGUACCACUCUAGAGGGAAUCAAAAGCUGGUCCUUGCUGUACGCAAGCGGGCAGACCAGCUCUGUGCAUGUUUGGAAUCCUACACUAAGCGAGCUCAAGCGUUCAUCGCAGCAUGUCCACUACAACAUCCACCACCACUCAUUGAAUACACUGACUUGCUUCAACUAA